UGUUGCUUUUGCAUAACAAAUUGGCUUUAUGCAUCAUAAGUUGAAACCGAAUAAGCAAAUAUGAAUAAAAAGUUGAUUAUACCAAGUUUCUAAAUAAUAGAAUUUCGAGGUAUAUUAAAAAGAAAAUGUCGUAAGUGGGCAUUCCUUCACUCCGAUUUAAUAUGCUGUGAAAAGGUUACCUUUCGUGAUCCGCAUGUCGAGCGCUCAUAAUAUUGCAGGUGCAGUAAUCAUUCGCAAAUCAUUUUCAAAUAUUGCUGGCGAAUAAGAACACUAUUUAUGAAGGCGGUGUACGCCUACAACACACACAGCAAUGUUCGCAUGCCCAUCAUUUUAGAUAUUAUAUCGGAGCUUGGCGAUAUUUGUUGUGAAAUGGCGUAAUUAGACCACCUAAAUGUCUGUAUAUACGUAUAUGUAAAUUGCUCGUACAUACAUAUGCAUAUUAAUAAUGUAUUUAUAUGUUCAAAUGUAUUUGUAAGCGAGUGCGAGGUGUAAGUGCAUACCAAAUGCUGAGAGUGGAUUCGUGACCAAUUGAUCUGUACACCCACUCUGCAUACAUACGCAUAAAUAUUCAUAUACAUAUGUAAGCCUCUAUUGACGUCUAUAUGAUGGAAAAUUCGAUUUGCAACACCCUCACGACGCUGCGUUGUUCCAAUGGGCAAAUUAAAUGCACACAUACAUAUUUAAACUAUGAUGCAUACACUAACUUGCAAAUGUACAUAUGUACAUAUAAAUAGAGCCACAUUGCUAUUGAGCUAGCUACUGCUCAUAUUUUCUCGUCGCGUAGAAUUUUUUUGCAUUUGGCCGCUUUCAAUCCAAAUGCAUUGAUGCACCAGCGCAGUUUGUUCCGCUCGUUGUACGUUGUAAACGCUGAGUUUUUGACCUUGAAAUAAAACAAGUGAUUAUCUGUCCGGCAAUUAAAGAAAAUGACAGAUCAUGGUGCCGUUCUAACACAAGAUACAGAACAGUUUAUAAUUGGUCAAAAAGUAUGGGUAGGCGGUAUUCGCCCCGGACAAAUAGCUUACAUUGGCGAGACUCAUUUCGCCCCAGGUGAUUGGGCUGGGAUUGUAUUGGAUGAACCGAAUGGUAAAAAUGAUGGUUGCGUUGCUGGCAAACGUUAUUUCCAGUGCGAACCAAGGCGUGGUAUUUUCUCGCGUUUAACACGUCUAACAUUGGCACCGCUUUCCGGAGCAAAUACGCCGACCUCACCACUAGCAAAAAUGUCUCCAGAUCGUUCACGUACUGUGUCACCAACUGCCAGCAUACGCAGCUCAUUUCUACGCAGUCCGGGAAAAAAUGGUUUGACAGUUGGCGAUCGCAUUAUUGUGUCAUCUGGCUUCGGUAGUCGUCCAGGUAUAUUACGUUAUUUGGGUGAAACGCAGUUCGCUUCAGGCAAUUGGUGUGGUGUGGAAUUAGACGAGCCCUCUGGUAAAAACGAUGGGUCCGUCGAUGGCAUAAAGUAUUUCGAAUGCAAGCCGAAAUAUGGAGUUUUUGUGCCGAUCGCCAAAGUUUCACUCUCGCCGUCGUCAAAAAAAUCUCGUCUCUCCAGAACUGGCUCUAGAGAAUCUCUCAACUCUAUUGGUACUAUAAACAGCAUUGCAACAACAAAUACAUCUCGCUUGCGCAUGAAUGCUCAGCGCAAACCUUUGUCAAUCAAGCCGAUCGUUGCCACGCCUAAAUCGCAAUAUUCCAUGCAGGAUUUAUUACACGAGAAGCAGAAGCACAUUGAACAGUUAAUGAUAGAGCGAGAGUUGGAUCGUGAGGACUGUCAAAAUCAGGCUCUACAGUACCAGAAGAAUAUAAACGAGCUGAAGUCCCGAAUAGUUCAAUUGGAGCGCUCGCUGGAUGAUGAACGUAAAAAAUCCGAAGAUUUGCAAUUUUCCAUUGAUGAGGCUACAUACUGUGGCAACGAUGUCCAAUCUCAUGUAUAUAGAGACAAAAUUCAGGAAUUGGAGAAAAAACUAACUGUUCUCUCAACAGAGACAGAGUCCGCUAAAGAUACAGCUGCUGCCAUUAAUCAGGUUACUGAAACGACCACUGCUAAGAUCGCCGAAGUUACAUUGCAAUUACAACAGCAAAAAGAGGAAUAUGAAGGGCGUCUCGUUAACUCUGAAGAUGAGCAAAAACGAUUGCAAGAAAAUAUAGAAUAUCUUCGGAAAGAAAAUGAAGCUUUACAAAAAGAGCUGGUGGAUAAAGAUGAGAGUUUGGAAAAAUUCUCAUUAUCAGCAUGUGGCAUUCAAAAUCUGCGCCAUGAAUUGGAUCUGCUCAAAGAAGAAGCGGAGAAGGAGCGGCAACAAUUGCAAACCGAUUUUGUUCUUAAACUGGAGGAGAAGGAUACGCAAUUAAAUACAUUACGAUCUGAGUUUACUGCUCAGAAAAAUGAACUAUCAAAGGUAGAGAUCGAACGAUCCAAUAAUAAAGAUGAAUGCGAAGUCUUACGGUCAGAAUGCAAAAAUCGUGAUUCUCAAUUGCAGGAUGUUAAUGAGCAAUUGGCCAAAUUGAAAGCAGAAUUUAGCGUGCAAAAAGCGGAGAACGUGACAGUAGAAGAACUGCUCAAAGUACAGCAGACAAGUCUUUUGCAAGAGAAGAAUAAGUUGGCUAAAAAUGUGCAAGAAAACAAGAAAUUGAAAGAAGAAAUAAUAGGUUUGCAAAAGACUAAAGACCUCGCAGAAAUACAGCUGAGAACUGUCAAUGAAGACGUAAAGAAAUUGACUGAAUCUCAGAAAGCCUUGAAAGAAAAGUUGUUGGCUGCAACAUGUGCAGACCAUGAGCAUCUAGAUGCGAUGACACAAUUGGGCACCGUCAUAGAAGAUUUGAAAAAACAAAUAGAUGAUAUUACAGUAGAAAAUGGUCGUCUAAACUCAGAGCUCAAGAAAGAACAAGAAUUGAAAGUUAUUGCCGCCGCUACAGAAGAAGAACUUCGAAAACUUUUAAAAGAUCAGCAACAAGAAUAUACAGAUAGCUUAGAAGAAUUGAAAAAAUCCAAUACCAAUUUGACAGAAAAUCGAGAAAUUGAUCAAAAAAAAUUCCAAGAAUCACUGAACGAGAAACUGAGAGAGAUUGAGCUUCUUAACAUUGAGGUUGGUCAAUUGAAACAACGCUUAACGAAUCUAGAAUCGAAUUCAUCGAUAAGCGAACAAGAAUUAGUUUCAAAGAUCGAAGAACUUGAAUUGAAUGUGCAAAACCUUUUAGAAGAUUUAAGAACCAAAGAAAGUGCUUUGAAAUCUCAGAGGGAAAUGUGCGCGUACCAUGACCAUGUAAUAGCAGAAAAAACCGAGAACGUGAACACGACCAUGGCUGCACUUGAAACUACAAACAAUCUCUUAAACAAACAAAAGCAGGAACUCGAUAUAGCUUUAACUAAAUGUUCUGAUUUAAACAUCGCGAAUAAAAUGCUAGAUGAGCAGUGUGCUCAGCAACAACUUGAAAUUGGCAUUUCGACGCGAAAGGUAGAUAGCCUAAAUAUAAAAUGCGAAAGUCUAAUUACUCAAAAUGAAGCUCUCGGAAAUGAUCUUAAUUCUUCUCGUUCAACUAUUUGUCAGCUUGAGAAUGACAUUCACAGACUUAAUGAAGAGCUCGCUAUUUAUCAAAAGAAUUUACUGGAAAUGAAAGGAAGAAAUAACGAUGAUCGGCUGAUGUUAGAAAGUCAACUAGAGGAGAUUAACCAGAAAUUUAAUACUGUAUCAAAAGAUUUGGAAGAAGAGCGUGCAAUCAGUGAACACACUCGCAAUGAGAUAACGAAAAAAAAUAAUCAAUUGUCUGUUCUUGAGGAAAAGACUAUUAAACUAGAGCUGAGUCUCAGUGACGAAAAACGUCAACAGGAGAACUUGCAAGGAAAAUAUGAAUCUAUGGUUGUUCAGAAUAAAAAACUUGAAGAAGAUUUGAACACACUCCGCACGUCGUCAACAGAUUCAAAUACUGAGCUUUUAAAGAUGUCACAGAUGAUGGGACUAAAGCAAAAGGCUUACGAUGAACUAUUAGAUAAAACUAACAUGGAGCGCACGAACCUUGAGGGACAGCUGCAGGCCAGCCAACAACGCCUAGAUGUAUUGUGUAACCAAGUGGAGAUGCUCACGAAGGAAAUAAAAAGCGCUACAGAGCAGAAUAUGAAACGUGCAGAAAUGCUUAAGAUGGAGCAAGAAAAAUGUGGUAAACAGGAGCUAGAAAUAAGUGAGUUAUCACGCAAACUUGAACUACUUACCGAGAAAUGCACAGUGGUGGAGAGUGAAAAUGAGAAUCUUCAAAAGGAUUUGGCAACCUCACGGAACACAAUGACCACUUCAAGUACACUUGUAACCAAAUUGACUAACGAACUUAGUCAGAAACAGAAGUCUAUGCAGGACUUAACAGAUAAAUCGACAGCUGAACGCUUGCAACUUAGUAACCAAUUGCAAGAGCUAGAGCAACGACUAAAAACUAAUCUUCGUGAUAUGGAACUAUUAAAAAAUGAGUUGCAAGCAGCAAUAGAAACAAAAGACAAACAAUCAGAGGAGUUUGAAAUACUAAAAUUAGAAAUGCAAGCACAGUUAUCAGAUCAGUUAAAUAGUUUAAAGGAGAAAGAAUCGACUGAGCAGAAAAAAAUUAUUGACAAUUUCCAAGAACAGUUAAAGUGCGCAGAUCAAACCAAGUUAAAGUUAGAUGAGGCUAUUUCCAGUCUACAACAACAAAUACAACUUCUACAAGAUGAAUUAUUAAAAUCUCAACUGAAUUUUAAAGCAAAGGAGGAAGAUCUAGGUAAACAAAUUACUAAUUUAUUCAACGAGACUGAACAGUUGCGCGAGGUUAUACGUCAAACCCAAUUGGAUGGUUCAAAUUCACUCAGUACUUUAGAGCUAGAAAAGCUAGAGCUUCAUAAGAAGAUCGCUAGUUUGCAAUCAGAACUGAAAACGAACGAAGACGAAUUGAGAAAAAGCCGCAAUGAAAUCGAACAACUAAAACUGGCCGAGUCAAGCGGACUUCACGACACCAAGAAGCUCCAAGAUCAAAUCCAGGCAUUAGAAAGUGCAUUAGAUCUUGCGAACACUGAAGCCCAAUUUAGGACGAAAUUGGCAGAAGAGGAUAAAAAUAAAAUGGAUGAUUUGCGGAACAUGGUGGAUACGAUUCAAGCAGUAAAUGCAAAUAUUUCAGCGACCAAUGCUGAAAUGUCACAAGCACUGCAAUCGUUAGAACAAGAGAAAUGCGAGACAGCCCAUAUAUUCGAACUCUUUGAAAUGGAAUCUGAUCAAAAUAUAGAAAAGCUAGGUGAAAAACUUAUCGACUUGAAGCAGAAAUUGAUUGACGCACAAGCUAAUAUUGAACAAAAAUCGGCAAUUAUAACGGAAAAAGAAAGCGAAUUGGCGAGUAGCUUGUCGAAAUUUGAGGCAUCACAAACGGCUUUAGCAGGUGUACAGAGCACAUUAUUAGAUCAGGCUACAAAAAUUAGCGAAUUGAAUACUGCAAAAAUCGAAUUACAGAAGCAAGUUGAUGAAAGAAAAUAUAUAUUGGAGCAACAAGUAGAUUUACAAAGCCAACUCGAUGAAUAUAAAAGAGUGGUUGAUGAAAUGGAUAUUGAAAUCACGGCUAAGAGUGAAGCACUACAACAGCUGUACGAACGUGUUAAACAAUUAGAAGAAGAAAAUAUUCGAAAUAUGGAAUCUCAAGAAAGGCUAAAUAGUGAUAAUGUUAAAAUGCAACGAAAACUUGAGGUUCUGGAUUUGGAGAAAACUCGUGCAAUGGUUGCUGCACCAAAUAAUUUAUCAACUACUGUUGAUCCAAAAGAGGGUGAAGAACCUGAAGGCAACAUAGCACAAAUAAAUUUUUUGAACUCCAUAAUUGCGGACAUGCAAAAAAAAAAUGAGUCUUUAAAGGCUAAGAUCGAAGCACUCGAAGCUUUACCCACGGAUUAUACGCAGCCAAAAGCGUUUGAAUUAAUCGCUAAGCGAAAACCAGCUCCACGUGUUUUCUGUGAUAUUUGCGAUGAAUUUGAUAGACACGAAACCGAAGACUGCCCCCUUCAAGCAUCCGAUGAUCGAGGCUACUCACCUCCACCGCUCAACGAGGCGACGCACAAAAAGGUACGGAAAUUACCAGAACCGCGCAAAUACUGUGAAACCUGUGAAGUUUUCGGCCACGUAACAGGGGAAUGCGCUGAAGACGAGUGGUAAAAGAUGUAUUCACCAAAUACAAAUGUAUAAUAUACUUACGCGCUAACUAAGGAUACUGAUUUCAAUAUACAUACAUAGAUAUUUUUUUAAUAGUAUGCAUUUGUGAUAAU